AUGGUCGUUGUCGGUGUUGUUGGAUACGUCGAAACCCCCAGCGGUCUUCGCACUUUGACCACUGUCUUUGCCGAGCACUUGAGUGAAGAAUUCAAGCGUCGUUGCUACAAGAACUGGUACAAGAGCAAGAAAAAGGCAUACACCAAGUACGCAACCAAGUACCAAAAGGAUGGAGGCAAGGAAAUCGAGGCCGAAUUGGAUCGCAUUCGUAAAUUUGCUACUUCUGUUCGUGUCAUUGCCCACACCCAGGUCAAGAAACUCGGACUUCGCAUCAAGAAGGCUCACAUUAUGGAAAUCCAAGUCAACGGAGGAGAUACUGCUGCCAAGGUCGACUUUGCCAAGGAUCUCUUUGAAAAGGAAUUUACCUUUGAUACCAUCUUUGCGAAGGACGAGCAAAUUGAUGUUAUUGGAGUUACCAAGGGUAAAGGAUUCGAAGGAGUCACCACUCGUUGGGGUGUCACCCGUUUGCCCCGUAAGACCCAUCGUGGUCUUCGAAAGGUUGCCUGUAUUGGAUCAUGGCAUCCUGCCCGUGUCUCCACCACCGUCCCUCGUGCUGGUCAAAACGGAUACUUCCACCGUACUGAAAUGAACAAGAAGAUCUAUCGCAUUGGAAAGAAGGGAGAUGAAGCCAGUUGUCAGACCGAAACUGAUUUGACCAAGAAGGGUAUCACUCCCAUGGGUGGAUUCGUCCACUACGGUGAAGUCAAUGAGGACUGGGUCAUGCUCAAGGUGCCAUUGUUGGUGUCAAGACAGGACUUGAUGCGACCAGCAUGGUGCUUGGUGCGCUUCUUGGGCAAGAAACCCAGAGAGCCGUGA